UAUUUUUUCUGUUAGGAGGUAGCCAAUGAUUGUAAAUUGUGAAUCAGAUGAAGGCAUUAUCCCAACCAAAGAUGUGAUUAAAAGAAUGGCUGUAGUUGAUGGAUGUAAUGUUUUACAUUUAUGUGCUGGUAUGGGGUUACAUUCAAGUGCAGAACAGAAAAUGUUUGAUCAAAAAAAACCGGAUGCAAUUGGCCUUCUAUUGGUUGUAAAAAAGUUAUUUGAAGAGGACUUUGAUGUGCGUGUAUUUAUCUCUUUUUCAUAUAUGUCAGAAAAUAAAGUUUCCAAUUUAUUUAUUUUACAGGAAUUUAAAGCUCUCGGAAUUCUCACAGUUGUUCCACCAAAUGUUCAUGACGAUAUUGCUAUUUUAGAAUAUGCUUCGCAAGUUGGUGGUUUUAUUGUUUCGAAUGACAAAUUUAGAGAAUUUAAAUAUUGCCAAAAAAUAUUAGAAUGUAUUGGAAGAACAAUUAGAUUUAAAUUUAAACAUUUAAAGAGGAAAAAUAAUGAGAAGAAUAAUAGGUAUUUUUUAAAUUCAUAGAGGUAAAGAUGGAGAAUAUUAUUCGAUCUUA